CCGUCAGACAGGGAGACGGGUGGAUCUGUACACCUAUAAAGAGCUACACUCAACUCUCCUGCCCUAAUUAGGUACCGCAGUGUGUCGUCCACUCUGGCAUACACCUGGCCCCCGGGUUCUCUCCCUGCUCACCUGCACCAACAUCACCUGAAAAUAAACUAUUGCCUUAGUGGGAGCGGGGCAGCUGAGUGUUGAGCCCCUGGUACAUAUACCCACCUGUGCACUCACUACACACGCCAGCACCUGUGCACUUUGACUCGCUGCCAUGUUUACACUCGGCCAUACUUCUCGGCCCGCAAGUAACGCGCUCAUUUAAGCCCAAAGUUUUGAAAAAAGUGUGUUGUAGAAUCUUAGGAAAGUUUUAUUUAUGUGGCGUGAUACCUUCCGGAGACUUGGGGGUGUAAACGUCAUUGUAAGGUGUUGAGCAGUGAGGCCGUGAAGGUGUUGAACAGUGAGGCCGUGAAGGUGUCAUCAGCACACAGUGUGAGGCCCGGGUGUAUCAGGGUGUUGGCCACACAGGUGGAUUGAGUACCACUGCACCUGGUUCUGUUGACGAUGACUUGCUCGUGAAAGCCCAGACGGUGGCCGACGGUGACUUUAAACACAUACACUGUUCCCCGUCCUUGUCUGAGGGGCCAAGCAGGGUUUGUAGCCAAAGGCUGGCCAAAGGGGCCAAAGGCUGAGUGUAGUCAUACAACGCGAGGUGAAGUGAUGGUGUGAAGUGUGUGCUCACUGCACAGGUAAAACUUGACUAUUAAACAUUAACAGUGAAAUUCCUGUAUAUUUGUCACGCUCCCAUCUUGUCUGUGAAGCUUGCAGUAGGACAAUUAAAUCACCUCUUGGCUCAAGAGAGACAAAACUGUCGGGCAAUAUGACUAAACACGAGGUCAGUGACGUCAAGAGGUUCAAGCCAGCAGAGUGUGAGGCUGAUGUUACAUUAUACAGGUCCAACAAGGAGGUUGUUGGGGACCUUACCAGCAUCAGAUCAAAGGUGCCGACAUACGCAAAGGACUUCUUGGAGAGCCCCUCUGACUCUUUGGUGUCCCCCGAGGACGAUGACGAUGAUCUCCUCUCCACAGUUGACGAGGACCACACGACACAGAGCCCCGGGAGCAGCUGCGUGUCCGCCCAUGACUACUGGGACACGGGCGGCGAGAGCGACAUCUACAAUGUUCUCCCCGACGACCUCGACGACUCGCACGAGGAGCGACGCCUCAGCGAGAGGUCGUUCCAGAGGGCCAUGCCGCAGUUGUCUCGCCGCAACCGCCGCAGGACCAAGAAACGACACCACAGCCACAGCCCGAAGCAGGAUAGCGGGAGUCAAUCACAGUCGACGGAAGAAGACAAAACUCCCUCCUACCUGACUUCCCUGACAUCAGACGACGAGCCAACACGUUACGACCCAGUCCCACCAGAAGUCACGCCCUGUGAACUGGGCUUAAGGUCGUCCCAACAGCGUGCAACAUCGGGCUUCAGUGAGUUAGUGGAUGCCAGUGAACCAGUGACGAGUGACCGUGGGUCAUGGAGCAUGCGCGGUGCUGCCCAUGCUGACCCCUGGCACCGAACUGCGCCUCGCUACAGCCGCUUCGAUGAUGAAGAUAGUGCAAUACAGAGCAGCUGGUAUCGCAGUGAUGAGGACGACACAGUGCUAUCGCCCCGGGCAUCUCAAGCCUUCAUUGAUACUGGGGCACCACCAGGGCGAAAUGACAACCCGCCUCCCGGCCAAAGUGCAGUCAAAAUUCUUAUGAAAAAUAUAAAUUCUAUCAAGAAAAAAAUUAAGCGCUAUGAAGAAGAAUUUGAAGCUGCCUUUGGAUACCGCCCUUCACACAGCGAGAAAAUGAAGCACAAGGAAAUUAAGAAAUACAUGAGCGAACUCAGCAAGGCCCGCAAAGAGCUUAAACAAAUGAAAGAUGAUGUUGCUGGUUUGAUGUCUGUACCAACUGUGUUUCCAUUAUCACUUCUCCGGUGUCAAGAGUCGACCAACCCAGGUGCAAGAUCCAAUGGAACCGGGUCCGGUACUGCAAGCACCUUAAAACAUGUUGAAGACAGAUUACGAGAAAAGCGGUCGGCUUUAGGCCGCCCAGCUGAAUUAAAUAACAUGAGUUGCAUGGAAAUGCAAGAAGAAAAAACAGCCCUACAAAAGGCCCUUCUUUAUUAUGAAUCAAUUCACGGACGACCCACGAGUCGGGAGGACCGAGACUUGGCGAGGCCACUCUAUGACCGUUAUCGCCAAGUUAAGAGGAUUGUCAUGAGAUCCUCAUCUAGAACGAAGGAAAAUCUUGCAGAAUUGCCUCCAAUUAUUGAACAUGUGGCUAUGGAUUUCACAUUGGCCUCACCUCAACAUCGCAGUUCCUUACAAGGAGAUGAAAUAGAAAAACUAAUACAAACAGCACCCACAACCCCUCCAGGGUUUGAAUCUCCACCCAUGUUUGAUCCUUCACGAACUGCAACCACUCGGAAGGAUGACCCAAAGGAUGACCCAAAGGAUGGGCAGCAGACAGUUGCACUCGGUGACCUCCAUGCUCUACCCCUAAGUGAACUGAGAGAAAGAAAGAAGGAAGCACGUGAAGAAAAGAAGAAAUUAAGACGGUCACUCCGAGAAUAUGAAGAGAAAUUUGAGAGAGAAUUGGGCCGUAAAGUGCAAAAAGAAGAUAGAGGGCCCAUGGAACAGACAUACUUGGAUUACAAACAUGCUAAAGCAAAGUUAAGGCUCCUAGAAGCUCUCCUAUCAAAGCAUGAACCCCUCAAGGUUUGAUCGACUUUAAGCUACACUGUAAAGACAACCGUCUCGAAGCUUAUUUUUGGAAAGCAAGUAUUUGUAAUGUGCUUGUCAAUGCACUGUAAGCUUUCAAUGCUGUUGUAACUGGGUUGGCUUGUUUUGAUAAGAUUAAAAAAUUGCAGCCAGAGUUUAUUCUAUACAGAUUCCGUAUUUUGAAGUGCAGCUGAUGACGUGAUUGCAUUGUGUGUAAGAAGGGAGGCAUCCCAGUCCAUGUUUUGUGCAUUGUUGUUCUGACAUGCGCGGGUAAUGCAUGAACUGUGAUAAGUUGUCGAAGUUGCCAAUAUGGUUGUUAGCUAAAGAAUCUAUAGUUUUGAAUAUAAUGCUAACUGUAGAUUAAAUAAGGCCUCACAAAUACCUAUAAAAAAAGAAUGUUAUCUUGUCAUGGUUAUUUUUAUAUAUUCGGAGCACUUUUGGUUUGGGAACUUCAGAUGCUGCUGUUGCAUCAUUCCUAUUAUUUUUUUUUAAGGAUGCUCUGGACUCUAAUGCAUUGAAGCUUCCAAAUAUACUUUAUCCAUAUAAUUGCUGAACUGUGCUAAGUGUAAGGUACCUGAAUUUAGCAUUAAGGUACAGUAGCUGUUUGGACCCUGGGGCAUGACAUCUUUGAAUUUUCUUAAGUAUAUAUAUAUAUAUAUAUGUUUUGACAACUACUGUAUAUCCUUGCCCUUUGUUUGAGACAUCUAUAAAAGUGUAUUGUUGUUUGCUUAAGAAAUGCCUUUAACAAACUGUGUAAUUUGCCUUCCUCAAAAAAAUGACAAAGGCAUGCAGGAUAGUUAAGAACUCUCCUAGUGGUCUAUUAUACACAAUGAUGUGUUCACAGUAAUACUUGUUUUUUUUUUUUUGGGGGGAUUUUAUAUCGCUGACGUACCGGUAAUAAGCAGACUUACAUAACUUCUACAAUAUAUCCCCAGGAAGAUUUGUUGGGCCACCUGACCAAUAUUUGUGUAUAUCUUCACCCAAGAUUCCUGUGGUAUGCAUUUAAAAGUGUGUGCGCAUGUUAUAGGCAAACCUACAUAUUGCCUAGCCACUUGUAGGAAAUGUGUAGCCUAUUUUGUAUGUGUCAUCAUUCCUGUGACUUGAUCCCCACAAUGCUGCCUCAUUCCCAACACACUUGGGGGCAGUUUGUGUGCUGCAUAUUCAAUGUAUUUAGAUGUACUGCACACAAGUAUUUGCCAUCUGUUAGCUAAGAUGCAUUUGAACAUUGUUGUCAGAACUCUGCAUAUCUUUUUUCGAGUACAUUGUUUGAGAACCCAAUUUCUUGUGAAUGCAAUUGCAUAUAUGCAAUUAUUAGUUUACUUUGCAAGCAGCUGAACUUCACUAAUACAUAGCUAGGAGCAGCCAUGGCAAACUGUCAAUGAAUAUAGCCAUAAGCUUAUUGUACGCUGAAACUCUUUGCUUUGCAAGGUAAUUAAAUCUGAAAUUCCAUGCAGUUUAAUAUUAACUGCUGUUAUGAUAAAAAUGCAAGUGCAUUCACUUUCAAAUUCAGAGUGAACUUUUAUAACAGACUGUAGUGAAUAGUGUUUGCAUUCACAAGUAGAAUAUACAAAUUUUACCACUGGUGACACAUAAUCUGAGUGUUCUUGCCUCUGUAGUUCAUUACAGCUUCAGACUGCCUGUUGUUACUUUGAUAUGAAUAGUUAGAUGAAUAGUAUUAAUAUCAUAUAUAUAUAUAUGGUUAUGUAUAUUAAUGACCUUAGAUUAUAAUGUGGUCUUGUACCUGUUAGAAUAUUUACGGCAGACAGUUACUAGAAACUAUUACUUCCCGUACAUAAAAGGAUUUACUGACUGUAGUUUGCUCAGAGCAAAGAAAAAUUUGUUUUGCCCUGUGAGCCUCAUUUUUCCAAUGGUUGAACCAUAUUUUUGUUUACUUAGAAAUGUUCUGUAGCUAGUGUGUUCCACUAGUCCUAAUCGAUUAUCAUAACUGACCAGCAAAAAGAUGUUAAACUUCAGGCUUUUGUAAUAUUUUGAACUCGAGCAUGAAUGUUAUUUAUUUUUAAGGCCUUAAAAAUUUACAAGUUUCCACUUGCAAGGGAUGCCACUGGCAUACACUUACUUUGUGUACUUAUAUCCCAUAAAGUUGUGAAUAAGGUUAAUCACUAUUCUUUAUCUGCAGUAAAGAAUAAUUGCAGUAAUUUCUUGUAUUUAAAGGUUUAAUUACUACUGUAUAUUCGUCUUAAUAUAUGACAUUUAGAAAUGUGCAGCUUCAUGAACAGAUGGUUAAUGAUCUUAUUUAUUUUAAUGUCUAGUCCUUUUAUUAAUCUAAAUAUACUUGCAGUGAACUUGACAUCUGGAUAUAUCAUUUCCUUGGUACCUAGUAUAUUUGUUUCAUCAUACUCACUUGAAAAUAGACUAAGCAAUAGUGCAAAAAAAAAAAUGACAAAUUCCUUUGCAGUCUCAUAUUGCUAAGGUGAUAAAUAAUUCAUUGUAUUUAAAUUGUUAGGAUUAGAAAUUGGAAACCAGUAUAGUUUUAAGGCUUUAUCCAGAAAAUUGUUGAUUUGUUAGUCUUUUGUGUAAUUCAGAAAUGGCUUUGCUGCCAUUACAGCAAAGCCUCAAUAAUCCAGUGUUCCUUUUGGGCAAUUCUGAUUUAUACCAGUUUGAAAGACUUAAGGAAGGUCACAUGGAAAGUUCUCUAAUUGCCAGUGACUUAAACAUUUAAUCCAUAUAAUGCAUGUUUCCUAUAGCAGUGUUUAUCGGUUUUAUCGAGGUUUUACUGUAUUUCAAAGUUCCUAUCUGGACUACAGCAGUUAACUGUAUCAAGAUGGCAAGACCCAAAUUGAUUUGUAUAACUAAAACUUAGCUGAUGAAUGUAAAAGUUGGCUUGAGAGAUGCUUAUUUUGGAUGUUUAUUUACAAAAGUUUCAUAUUCUUUAACCAACUAGUAUGCUAUUUUCCAUACAAUGAAAAUGUGACGGUAAAAGCAAUUUCGAACAUGUUUUACAAGAAAAUGACGAAAUCCUCUAAUAAAGACAACGGUAAACCAAUUUGUCAUCCAUGCAGAGGGAUGAAUUUUUCUCUGUCACUGAAGUGGCGGUUAUGUAAAAGCAGCUCUUGAUAAAAAUAUUUGCAGUGUCUGGUGUAUGUGAUGCUGGAUACAGUGUACGUGAUUGUUACAGAGGUCCAAAUGAAGAUAAGUAAAUCACUCGUUUUAUAUGGAUUAACCACACAAUAAAGUCAAAUGAGCAA